AUGAAUCAUCGAAAAUUCGGCGACAUGAGGGACUACAUGGGACCGUCUCUCUUCCAGCCGCACCGAGCUCGCCAGGCCAUCCGGGACGCUCACGACAAAAAGAUCCCGCCGUUGAUUGGGUACUAUGCUGGCCUUGCAGCCAUUCCCAUCACGCGCUGGAUCGCGCCGAUGGGAUUCGACUAUGUCUGGAUUGACUGGGAACGCAGUGCUAUGAACAUUGAGACCAUGACCACGAUGGUUCAUGAAGCAGCAUUUAUGAGCAACGGCCGUACAAUCCCUUUUGUCCGAGUGCCUGGACACGACGAAUCCACCAUCGCAUAUGCCCUCGACGCAGGAGCCUCCAUUGUUGUCCCCCAUGUUGACACUGUCGAGCAAGCGAAGCAUGUCAUAAGCGCCGUCAAAUUUGGCCAAAAACACCAGGGGAUUCGGUCCGCGCCUCCCUUUCGGUAUGUGCACCACUUGACCGAUACAGCGCUGCAGCCGGAGCGAGGUCUCUGGGAGAGCUUGAACAGCCAAUCGGCGCUCAUGAUCCAGAUAGAGACGUUGCAUGGUAUCCGCAAUCUGGACGCCAUCUUGAGUGAGGUUCCCGACAUUGAUGCGGUCUGGCUGGGGAGUCUGGAUACCCGAGUCAGUAUGGGUUUGCCGCGGGCCAUGGGAUUCAAGGAACGGAGCCCGAAUGGCUGGAGGCCGUGGAGCAGUUCCAUGCAACGCUUUGCAACGGGUGAGGAGCUGCGCAAAAUCACCGCGAAUAUGGCCAUGUGCAUGAUCACAGCCGAUACGACCAAGCUGGCCGAAAUGGUGGGAGAGCUGGCUGCUGCAAAGGAAACUCUUGCCAUUAGAUAG